AUGGUUCUUGCUGGCAAACUUAUUACUGAGCUUGGUAUCAAAACACCCGCUGACAAGUUCUUCAAACUCUAUGCAUCAGAACUUCACGAAGUGCAAAAUCAUUGUGAAAGAAUUCAUGAAGCCAAGUUGCAUGAAGGAGAAGAAUGGCACGACACUGAUACGGUUAAACACUGGACAUAUGUAGUAGAUGGUGAGGUACACACAUGUCAUGAGACUAUUGAAGAAAUUGAUCAACAGAACAAAAGAAUAACUUGGAAGCUGUUUGGUGGAGAUAUUGACAAGCACUACAAGGUGUUUAAGCUCAUCCUUGAAGUAAGUGAUAAGGCUGAUGGUACUGCUGUUGUUAAAUGGACAGUUGAAUAUGUGAAACUUAGUGAGGAUAUUAAUCCUCCAAAUGGAUGGAUGGACUUUGUGUGCCAAUGCACUCGAGAUAUUGAUGCUAAUCUUGUCAAGGCAAGGGUUGCACUAUAA